AUGGAUGUUAGUCAAAGGUAUGAAAAUGCAAAACGUCUAAGCCUUUGUCUAAAUUGUUUGUCCAAAGGGCAUCAAGUAAGUAGUUGUUCCUCCACAUUCAAGUGCAAAUUUUGUUCUCGCUCGCAUCAUAGUUUGCUUCAUCGGUCUCAGCCAGCUUCUCGGCCCUCGUCCCCUGCUGCUGAACCUACUACUUCUCAUGUUGCCUUGAAUGAAUCUUCUGCCUCGGUCCAUACCCAUAUGGAAAAAUCCUCGCCGGAACUGGUGCUGCUUGCUACUGCCAUGGUUCUAGUUCGUGAUUCCACUGGUCGCUAUCAAUUGGGACGCGCUUUGUUAGAUUCUUGCUCUCAAUUGAAUUUCAUAACCGAUGAAUUUUCCCAAAAAUUACAUUUGCCUCGUACAAAACAAACUACUGAAGUCUCUAGCAUUGGUAACACUCUUAGCAAAUCUAAAUAUAGGUCGUCCACAAAUGUAAAAUCUCGAGUCACAGAUUUUGAAGUUUCGCUCUCAUUUUGUGUCACACCUCAUAUUUCAUAUCAACCUGAUAAUGAAUUAGAUGUCUCAUCCUGGAAUUUGCCCCCAAAUACUGAACUUGCGGAUGAAAACUUCUUCAAAUCAAAACGAAUUGAUUUACUUAUUGGUACUGAAACGUUUUUCGACAUUUUAGCAGUUGGUCAAAUAAAACUUGGCCCUAAUUUGCCUAAAUUACACAAAACACUUUUCGGAUGGAUUGUAGCAGGUCGUUAUGUAUCAAAACAACCCAAUAUUUGUGGCUCUUCUUGUAUGCUCUCGAUAGAAGAAGAUAUUGAUCUUAAAUUACAGCGCUUGUGGGAAAUCGAUGAAGUUCAAUCUGGCUCAAAUGAUUUGACACCAGAACAAUCUGAAUGUGAAACAUUUUUCAAUGAUACUGUUCAUCGUGAAUCUUCUGGUAGGAUUGUUGUUAAAUUGCCCUUCAAGGAAUCUCCUGACGCUUUAGGUCUUUCUCGAAAUAUGGCUCUUAAAAGAUUUGUAUCUCAAGAGAGACGAUUUGCUCGUGACAGCAAUCUUAAAUCACAAUAUGUUGCUUUUAUGAAGGAGUAUGAAGAUUUUGGACAUAUGAGUCUAGUUCGUAGCCCUCGUCUACACGAGCCUCAUUAUUUCAUCCCUUACCAUUGCGUUUUCAAACCAAGUAGCACUUCCACAAAGUUAAGAGUUGUUUUCGAUGCCUCGUGUCCAUCAUCGUCCCAGAAGUCUCUCAAUGAUCUUCUUAUGCCCCAAGAAUUAGAAAAUGCUAAACUUUGUAUCGUUUUCAACAUCCAGAAACUACAUUUUCAAGAUGACAUAACUCGAGCUCUAAAGAAGAAAGAUCCCCAAGGUGCUCUAAAGUGUCUGAACCCCUUCCUAGAUUCGUCAAAUGGUUUCAACUUGCUCAAGGUCGGCGGACGCUUGGAGGCACCACAUUUUGGCGGAUUGUGGGAGGCGGCCGUCAAAUCGGCCAAAGGUCACUUAACCAGAACCCUGGACAACACAAGGCUCACCUACGAAGAACUCGCAACGGCUAUGAUUGAGAUAGAGGCAGUUUUAAACUCGAGGCCCAUUUCGCCUCUAUCCUCAGAUCCCAGUGACUUUGAAGCUCUUACACCAGGACACUUCUUGAUAGGCGCUCCCCUCCGUAGUUUGCCAGAACGUGAUGUCCCUACAAAUGAGAUUAACAAACUUGAAUAUUGGGCCCGAUUAUAUAAAUGA